UCCCGUCCCUUGGACACUUCCAAAAACCAGAAACAAAAAUCUUGGGUUCUCACUAUAGGCCCAUUAAGAAACCCGGAUCUAUCUUUCUUCUUCAACCAACCUCUCCAGCUUUAACCCUACUUCGUACCCUGUAAUAAAAACCAGUUUUAAACUUAAAAAACUCCCCUAAACCAAAGCCGCCACUUCUACCUUUCUCUUUGCUUCUCCUUUGUCUCCCAAGAGACAAAAAAGACCCUGAAUUUAACGCACCCCAAAACCCCCGAUUCCUAAAAAGGAAAAUGUCAGCCAAGUGGAGAGCUAUACAGCAUCGCCACCGUUACACAUAUAACGCCGUUGUUUUCCCGCCUUCCUUCAUAGAUUCCUUUAACCAAUCAUCUCUUUCAGCAUCAGCUCCAACCUUCUACAAGGAGCUUCAGCAUCUAAUCUCUUUGAACUCUACUUAUUCCCAAGUUAACCAUGUCAGGAAGCUUGCUUCAUCGUUCAAUGAACUGUUAGUAAAAGAAGGUGAAAAGAAUGAGGGCUUGGUUUCAACGGCAGCUUCCUUUUACUUGGAAGUUUUCUUUUUGGAAAAUUCGACGCCUUUGCAUAAGACCCUUUUGUCAGUUUUGGCUAAAACCAAGGAUGUUUUCCAACCUGUUAUUGCUGACUGUUUCAGGUUACUUUGUAAUGAGUAUGGUACAAUGAGUGAUAAGAAGAAGCGUUUCUCUGUGUCACGUGUGGCUUUAUCAGUAAUGGGGAUGCCAAAGUUGGGGUUCUUAGUUGAUGUGAUUCAAGAUUGUGCUGUUUUGGUUUGUUGGGAUGCUGUUUUGGGGUUAAAAAGUGUGGUUUUGGAGACUGAAGGGUGGGCUAGACCUUCUCCUAUAGUUCUGGAGCAGUGUCAGGAGGCUUUAUCUUGUAUGUAUUACUUGUUCCAGAAGUUCCCAGAUAAAUUUAAAAAAUUGGGUGGUGAUGAUUCUAAUGUAAUGGAGAUGGCUUUAGGGGUUUUGAUAAGUCUUUUGAAUUCAGUGGCAUUUUCGAGGGACUGCUUUGUGGCGGCUGGUGUGAGUUUUUUUGCUGCUUUUCAAGUUUGCCUCCGUGAUCAAGAGCUUGGUUUGUUCAUCAUUGAAGGUAUAUUUGGUCAAAUUGUUAGUAGUUCUUGCGCUAAUACUGAGGAUUCGUUUAGCAAUGUUAUUAGCAAAGUUCCUUAUAAAGGAGAUGUUUGCCUUGACAUACGUAAUCUCUCUGGAUUGAAUAGACUUUGUUUGAUUAGAGGCAUUCUUACUGCUGUUCCAAGAAUGGUUCUAAAUACACAUUUUGUUGUAUAUAGGGAAACUUGUAAUGAUAUCGAGUCCCAUGGAAAUGUUGCUUGUUCUGUGAAGACUAUAUUGUAUGAUGGGAUUUUGCCUGAGCUGUGUAAUUACUGUGAGAACCCCACAGAUAGCCAUUUUAACUUCCAUGCAUUAACUGUAAUGCAAAUUUGUUUGCAACAGAUUAAGACCUCUAUGCUGGCAAACCUUACAGUUGCAUCUGAAAAUUACAACCCAUUGCCGGAGGAUAUGGAAACCAGAAUGCUGAAAAUAAUAUGGAAUAACUUGGAGGAUCCUCUAAGUCAAACAGUCAAACAAGUUCAUCUUAUAUUUGAUCUUUUCUUAGACAUUCAGUCCUCUCUUUGUGGGGCAGAGGGUAGUGAGAAAAUAAAGACAUUCCUGCAAAAGAUUGCUUCAGAUCUGCUUCGUUUAGGGUCACGUUGUAAGGGGAGAUAUGUUCCUUUAGCUCUGUUGACCAAGAGGUUUGGAGCAAAGACUAUGCUGGAUAUGAGUCCUGACCUGCUGUUUGAAAUAGUACAGGCAUACAGUGAUGAUGAUGUAUGCUGUGCAGCCACAUCAUUCUUGAAGUGUUUCCUUGAAUAUUUACGUGAUGAGUGUUGGAGUAAUUAUGGUAUUGAAAGAGGGUAUGCACUUUAUAGAGGUCAUUGUUUGCCCCCAUUUUUGCAUGGUCUUGCUUCUGGGAUUUCAAAGCUUCGUUCAAAUUUGAACACAUAUGCUCUUCCAGUUUUACUGGAAGUGGAUGUUGAUGGUAUAUUUCCUCUACUUGCCUGUAUCUCCAUUGGGCCAACUGAGGCAGAAAAUGACCUCUUAUAUCCUGAUCUUGAUUGCAAAAAUAUGGAACUAAGAGUAGAACAGAAAGUGGCUGUUUUAGUUUCUUUACUUAAAGUUUCUCGUUCACUUGCUCUGAUUGAAGGGGAUAUCUGUGAUGACUCUAUGACAUCUAAUAUGGAUGACACGGUAGAAGCAAAAAGCUUUAAUCCCUUUGCACUUGUCUGCAUAAAAGGGAUAAAAGUUAGGAUCCUUGUUGGGUGGCUUGUAUUAGCAUUGACACACAUUGAUGAGUCACUUCGUGUAGAUGCUGCUGAGUUUCUUUUCUUGAGUCCCAAGACGUCUAGUCUUCCUUCCCGUUUGGAACUAUCUCUAAUGAGAGAAGCUGUGCCGCUGAACAUGAGAUCUUCUUCAACAGGUUUUCAGAUGAAAUGGAGCAGCUUGUUUAGGAAGUUCUUUUCUCGGGUGCGUACAGCCUUGGAGAGGCAAUUUAAGCAGGGAAGCUGGCAGCCUCGUAUGAACAAUGAAAUUAGCGAGUUGUGUCUAUGUCAGGGAAAUGAGGAUAAUACAGUUAGCAGAGCAGAGGAGCUAUUUAAUUUUAUGAGGUGGUUAAGUUGUUUUCUGUUCUUCUCUUGUUAUCCUUCUGCUCCUUAUAAGAGAAAAAUAAUGGCAAUGGAGCUUAUACAGAUAAUGAUCAAUGUUUGGCCUGUCCUACCUUCUUCUCAAGAAAGCUCAGCUUCUAUGUCUCCUGAGAGCUGUCUUUAUCCCUACAGUGUAGGAAUUACUUCACCUGAAUCAACUUUCCUUUUGGUUGGAUCCAUAAUUGAUAGUUGGGACAGACUGCGAGAGAGUUCUUUCCGCAUAUUGCUACAUUUUCCCACUCCACUUCCUGGCAUUUCGAGUGAUGAAAUGGUCCAGAAAGUAAUUACAUGGGCAAAGAAAUUAGUUUGUAGUCCUCGUGUAAGAGAGAGCGAUGCUGGUGCUCUAACCUUGCGGCUCUUAUUUAGAAAGUAUGUGCUGGACCUGGGGUGGAGAGUCAGAGUGUCAGUUAGUGUUGUUUGUUCUCACUCGCAGAAUUCACCACUAAAUGGGGAUUAUCACAAAUGUCCAGCCAUUCAUCCUGUUAUGGAAUAUGUUAAGUCGCUUAUUCACUGGUUGGAUGUUGCUGUGGAGGAAGGAGAGAAGGAUCUCGCUGAAGCAUGCAAGAAUAGUUUUGUUCAUGGUGUAUUACUUGCUUUACGGUAUACUUUCGAGGAAUUGGAUUGGAAUUCUGAUGCAGUCUUGUGUAGUAUUUCAGAUAUGAGACAUGCACUGGAGAAACUCUUGGAGCUGGUUGUGCGAAUAACUUCAAUGGCCUUAUGGGUUGUUUCUGCUGAUGCUUGGUAUCUGCCUGAGGAUAUCGAUGAUAUGGUUGAUGCUGAUGCUUUCUUACUGGACGGUCCUGAUGAAAUGGAUGCUGCUUUGCCUUCAAUCAAACAAGAAGACAAAUGCACAAAAUCUAUUCAGGAUGCAAGACCAUCAGAUCAGGUUGUUAUGGAUGCAAGACCAUCAGAUCAGGUUGUUAUGGUUGGCUGCUGGCUGGCUAUGAAAGAGCUAAGUCUUCUUUUGGGGACUAUUAUUCGGAAAAUACCUCUGCCAAGUUACAGUUGUUCAGGUUCAAUGGAAUCUGGACACCCCAGCUAUGAUUCAAUUGAUGCUUCAGUGACAGCAAUAUCUGAAGGAAUGCUUGAUCUAAAACAAUUGGAGAAGAUCGGGAACCAUUUCUUGGAAGUUCUUUUGAAGAUGAAACAUAAUGGUGCAAUUGAUAAGACAAGAGCAGGUUUUACAGCCCUUUGCAAUCGUCUGCUUUGUUCAAAUGACCCAAUGCUUUGUAAGCUGACAGAAUCUUGGAUGGAGCAGCUUAUGGAUAGAACAGUAGCAAAAGGACAAACAGUUGAUGAUUUGCUACGUAGAAGUGCUGGUAUACCUGCAGCAUUCACUGCUCUUUUCCUUGCAGAACCAGAAGGUGCUCCAAAGAAGCUCCUCCUGCGAGCACUUAGGUGGCUUAUAGAUGUAGCUAAAGGGUCUUUGUUGAGUCCGUCUGAAACCAAUUGCACAAACGUCUCGUGCCAGAUUUCAUCAACCAAGUCUGACCAAGAGACUGAUUCAACACUGGUAACUGAGACAAUCGCGACUGUAAAAACCUCAAAGAUCAGAGAUGAAGGUGUAGUUCCAACAGUGCAUGCCUUUAAUGUCCUUAGAGCUGCUUUCAAUGACACUAAUCUUGCUUCUGAUACUUCUGGUUUUGCUGCCGAGGCUUUGAUUGUUUCAAUUCGCUCAUUCUCUUCACCAUACUGGGAGAUCCGGAACAGUGCUUGUCUGGCAUACACUUCCCUGGUACGCCGGAUGAUUGGCUUCCUUAAUGUUCAUAAACGAGAAUCUGCUCGACGUGCAUUAACUGGGCUUGAAUUUUUCCACAGGUAUCCUUUGCUGCACCCAUUUGUAUUCAAUGAACUGAAAAUUGCAACUGAGUUGCUUGGUGAUGCAUUGUCGGGACAAACUGAAUCCAACCUGGCAAAAGCUGUGCAUCCAAGUUUGUGCCCUAUGCUGAUUCUUUUAUCCAGGCUCAAGCCUUCACCGAUUGCAAGUGAGACUGGGGAUGACUUGGAUCCUUUCCUUUUUAUGCCUUUCAUUAUGAAGUGCUCAACCCAAAGUAAUCUGCGAGUUCGUAUUCUUGCAUCGCGAGCUCUGACAGGGCUGGUAUCUAACGAGAAAUUGCCAACUGUUCUCCUUAAUAUUGCUUCUGAAUUGCCUCAAGCAGAGAAUCAAAUUGCAUCUCCUGUUGCAUCAAUCCCGUUAUAUCUAGCCAAUGGAGCUCACCAUGUUUCCUAUAAUUUAAUUCACGGACUUCUAUUGCAAUUAGGUUCUCUUGUCCAUGUAAAUUGUAGAAAUCUUGCUGAUUUCUCGAGGAAAGAUCAGAUUCUUGGUGACUUGAUGAAAGUUCUUGCAAUGUGUUCGUGGUUUGCUAGCCCCAAAAGAUGCCCUUGCCCCCUCCUUAAUUGCACUUUCCUGCAAGUGCUGGAUCACAUGCUUAGUGUUGCGAAAUCAUGUCAUUUGAGCAAAAAUUUGUUUGCCAUCCGAAAUCUACUUUUGGAAUUAUCCACAGAGUGCUUAGAUGUAGAAGCUUCUUAUGGAUUUCAAUAUUAUGAUCCAACAAUAGCUGAACUUCGUCAACAAGCUGCUUCAUCUUAUUUUAGUUGUUUAUUUCAACCAUCUGAUGAAGUUGCUGAAGAGGUUUUCCAGAUUCCAAAAAGAUCUCCAUUGAAUUCAAUGUUGUUUCAAACCCAUGAAGUGGAGAAUUCUGGAUUCCUGGAAAGGUUGAUUCGCUCCUUCUCAGAUUCAUCAUAUGAAGUUCGACUAGUAACUUUGAAGUGGCUGCAUAAGUUCCUCAAGUCUAGACCUGGCAAUGAGAUAAAUUAUCUGUCCAGCAGUGACACCAGAAUUAUACAGAACUGGACAAAAGCUAACCUUCAGCCUACACUGAUGAAGCUCUUGGAACUGGAGAAGAAUCAUCGGUGUAUGUAUCACAUUCUGAGGAUUAUUUUCACUUGGAACUUGCUGAAGUUUCAGGAAUUAAGUGAAGAAAAGAGUGAUGGAACCCUUUAUGUUGGUGCCUUGGAUUGUGAUUCUGUAUUACAGCUUUGGGAUAGGCUGAUAUCCUUGCUCAAGCUCACUCGACAUGCUAAAACACAAGAAAUACUCAUUUGUUGUCUGGCAAUAUGCGUAAGGCAAUUUAUAAGGCUGUUUAGUUGUUUUACUCUUACUGAUAAGGGGCAGAAGACUGCUGGAUAUAAUGAAUCAGGUCAGAUGGAAAGAUCAGCUUUCUUCUAUGAAUGCAUUACCUUUUAUGUCAAUCUAAUUAAGGAGCGUAGUUCUUCAUCUGAGCCAGUGAAUAUGCGCAAGGCAGCAGCGGAAUCUAUGUUUGCUUCUGGCUUAUUGGAGCAAGCUGAGGUAAUUGCUUCUUCUGUGAUCAACCAGCAAAUUUCUUCAAAAAAUUCGUUCUCUUGUUUCAAACACCAAGAUGCUGCAAGUACAUAUGCACAUCAAAUACUGGAGAUGUGGUUCACGUGUAUCAAACUGCUUGAGGAUGAGGAUGAUGGAAUUAGACAAAGGGCUGCCACUGACAUCCAGAAGUUUCUUUCCCCCAAAAGCUCUGGAACGACAUCCGACACUCGUGGGGCUCGAACACAGGUGGAAAAAGUUAUUGAACUGAGUUUCGACCGACUUUCUUCCAUAUUUGGCCACUGGAUUGUAUACUUUGAUUGUCUACUGCGGUGGGUGCUAGAUGCAGGAAACUAUGUAAUAUCCAAAGGUGAUCUCGUGAGACGGGUUUUUGACAAGGAAAUCGAUAAUCAUCAUGAAGAGAAGCUGUUGAUUAGUCAAAUAUGUUGUUCCCACUUGGAGAAGCUUCCGAUUACAAAAUCAUGGGCAGGUAAAUCGUUCGAUAAUGAAGAGGUCAGAAAUUAUCUACUUGAUUGGAGAUCAAGAUUUUUCCAGCAGUUGGUAUCAUUUGCCAAGGACCAUAUCGGAAAACUCGGAGUUGAUUGGAUAGGUGGUGUAGGUAACCAUAAGGAUGCAUUUUUACCAUUAUAUGCAAAUUUGCUUGGAUUUUAUGCAGUCUCAAACUUCAUUUUCAAUUUGGAGACCAUAGAUGGUAUGCAUCUACUAUCCGAUAUGUCCGAGUUAGGGAAAGCCAUCAAUCCAUUUCUUUGGAAUCCAUUGAUCUCUAGCCUGUAUUCGUUAAUAGAUAGAUUACAUGACAACAAGUUCGGAGCAACUACCAACUGCAUAAACGCCAGGUUUGGAGACGGUAUCUGGGACAAUUUUGAUCGUUUCUUUCUUCUUAGGUAGGAUUCUACUGGUAAAAUAGUGAUUGAACUAGUCUUAAGUACUUUUCUGGGAAGUUAAAACAAAAAAAUUCCCCCAUUAUUGAUUAUAGCAUACUAGGUAGAAUUUCCCCCAUCAUUGAUUAUAGCAUACUAGGUAGAACUGCUACAUGAAAAGCUUAAUGUCUUAAAAUCCACUACGAGAAUAUCUUAAGUUCUAUUUUACCCUUUCUGAUUGUGAUAACUCUUCUUUGUUGUGGUUGACAAUUUUAAGCCACUGCAUGUAUAUAUUUGGACACCGGUCGGAUAGCAAGAUUUUGUCUACUCGAACAGCCUGCAGGUUGAUUUACUGGUU